CCCUGACCAGUGAGCGGGCCCACAGAUGGGCAAGAGAACCAGCUAGGUUCCGCCCCGGAGCCUGCCCGCCUCCUUUUUAAGCGCCUCCCGCCCAACCUCAGCUCCCUCUGGCUUUGCCACGCUCCUUCCUUCCCCGCCUUCCACGCUCCUUGUCUCCCCCGACUGCGCUGGUUCCUGUGGCCACCCCGCAGCGCCAGCCCAGGUGCCGUGGCAGCUAUGUACCUCCCCAGCCUGCGGCUUAGCUGGCAUGGGCUGAGGCCCUGGUGCUGGUCACCGUGCCGUAGCAUCCAGACCCUGCGUGUGCUCAGUGGAGAUCUGGGCCAGCUGCCAGCUGGAGUUCGGGACUUUGUGGAGCGCAGUGCCCGUCUGUGCCAACCAGAGGGCAUCCACAUCUGUGAUGGCACUGAGGCUGAGAACACUGCCACCCUGGCCCUGCUGGAAGAGCAGGGUCUCAUCCGGAAGCUCCCCAAGUAUAAGAACUGCUGGCUGGCUCGCACAGACCCCAAGGAUGUGGCACGGGUAGAGAGCAAGACGGUGAUUGUCACUCCUUCGCAGCGGGACACAGUGCCCCUUCUGGCUGGUGGGGCCCGUGGGCAGCUGGGCAACUGGAUGUCGCCGGAUGAGUUCCAGCGAGCUGUGGACGAGAGAUUCCCAGGAUGCAUGCAGGGCCGUACCAUGUAUGUGCUUCCGUUCAGCAUGGGUCCUGUGGGCUCCCCGCUGUCCCGCAUUGGAGUGCAGCUCACUGACUCAGCUUAUGUGGUGGCAAGCAUGCGUAUUAUGACCCGCCUGGGAACACCUGUACUUCAGGCCUUGGGAGAUGGUGAUUUCAUCAAGUGUCUGCAUUCAGUGGGCCAGCCCCUGACUGGGCAUGGGGAUCCUGUGAGCCGGUGGCCAUGCAAUCCGGAAAAAACCCUGAUUGGCCACGUGCCAGACCAGCGGGAGAUCGUCUCCUUCGGCAGCGGCUAUGGUGGUAACUCCUUGCUGGGCAAGAAGUGCUUUGCCCUGCGCAUCGCCUCUCGCCUGGCCAGGGAUGAGGGCUGGCUGGCAGAGCACAUGCUGAUUUUGGGGAUCACCAACCCUGCAGGGAAAAAGCGCUAUGUGGCGGCUGCUUUCCCCAGUGCCUGUGGCAAAACCAAUCUGGCUAUGAUGCAGCCAGCCUUGCCAGGCUGGAAAGUAGAGUGUGUGGGGGAUGACAUCGCCUGGAUGAGGUUUGACAGUGAAGGUCAGCUCCGGGCCAUCAACCCUGAGAACGGCUUCUUUGGGGUGGCCCCUGGCACCUCUGCUACCACCAAUCCCAAUGCGAUGGCCACAAUCCAGAGUAACACUCUUUUCACCAAUGUGGCCGAGACCAGUGAUGGCGGUGUGUACUGGGAAGGCAUUGACCAGCCUCUUCCACCUGGUGUCACCGUAACCUCCUGGCUGGGAAAGCCCUGGAAACCUGGUGACACAGAACCCUGUGCACAUCCGAAUUCACGCUUUUGCGUCCCGGCUCGCCAGUGUCCCAUCAUGGACCCAGCCUGGGAAGCACCAGAGGGUGUCCCUAUUGAUGCCAUCAUCUUUGGAGGCCGCAGACCCAAAGGGGUACCUCUGGUGUACGAGGCCUUCAGCUGGCGUCACGGGGUGUUUGUAGGCAGCUCCAUGCGCUCUGAGUCCACAGCAGCUGCCGAACACAAAGGAAAGAUCAUUAUGCAUGAUCCCUUUGCCAUGCGGCCUUUCUUCGGCUAUAACUUCGGACACUACCUCCAACACUGGCUGAGCAUGGAGGGACACAGAGGAGCCCGGCUGCCUCGUAUCUUCCAUGUCAACUGGUUCCGGCGAGAUCAGGCGGGCCGCUUCCUGUGGCCAGGUUUUGGGGAGAAUGCUCGUGUGCUAGACUGGAUCUGCAGGCGAUUAGAAGGAGAAGACAGUGCCCAAGAGACUCCCAUUGGGCUAGUACCAAAGGAAGGAGCCCUGGAUCUCAGUGGCCUCAAAGCAAUAGACACCAUUCAGCUGUUCUCCAUCCCCAAGGACUUCUGGGAACAGGAGGUUCGUGAUGUUAGGAGCUACCUGACAGAGCAGGUCAACCAGGAUCUGCCCAAGGAGGUGUUGGCUGAGCUUGAGGCCCUGGAGGGCCGUGUGCGAAGAAUGUGACCCGAGGCUCUAGGGCCGUGUGCAAAGAAUGUGACCCGAGGCUCUAGGGCCGUGUGCAAAGAAUGUGACCCGAGGCUCUAGGCUAGCAAGAGCACAGCACCCCAUCUGGGUAGAGAACUCCCAGGCUCUUAGAAAACAUGAAGAAUUUGACAUUAAAACAUCUGAGUGUUGGGAGGCCAGGCCACAGACCUCCUCCCAUGCUGUCUGAUAAGA